AUGGUUAAAUAUGAGGAAUUGAUUGAGUAUUGUAUACAAAUCAUUAAGACAUUCAAUCCUGUAAUUUUGACUGUGGAUUCCCACUCAGAGGAAUUCAUUGCAAAAAAUAAAAAGAAAUUGGAAGACACGGAGAUAGUUUUUAUUAAGCAAGUAUUUUAUGGUACUUUUAGGUAUGAGGAAUUCCUAAAAGUGUUGACUAACUCGUUGUUUAAUAAUUUUCCAAGCAUUACGAAUCGUAAUGAUUCAACUCUCUAUCAUAUUUUUGGCUACUUGAUUUGUUUUAGAUUAGAUGAAUUACCUUUUAAUGAAUUUAAGAAAAUGGUUUUUUCGCAGGAUGCUGUCAAAAUGAAUGUUUUUCUUUAGUUUCUGUUUGACAUUGAAAAAGUAAAUAAAUAUGUCAGGGAUGGCUGGAUUGAAAUUUAUGAUCCUGGUUACAUAGAUAAUUAAAUUAUCACACAAAAUCUUUAAGAAAAGCUACCAGUUGUUGCAGAUUUACUUGCUCAACUCUCUCAAAAGGCUACAGGCAAAAAAAGUGAUUUGGUAAACACUAUUGAGUAAACUCUUUCAGUAACUGAUAAAGGAGAUGAUAAAUAGCAAAAGAAAUUCGAGCCAACUGUUCCUUAACCAUUUAAGUUGACUAAGCCAAAGCCUAAAGCUAUUCCUGAGCCAAUAAAAAUUCCUAAAAUAGUAAAAGCAAACCCCGUUCCUCAAACAAUAUUUUAAACAAAUCUGAAUGAAAUUGUUGAUAAAGGAAAAUAAAGAAGGGAUGAAAUUAAAAAAUAGAAACAAAAAGAGUUAGAGGAUGCAACAAAGAACUAAUUCAAAUUUUAACUUGAUAACCGUCCAAAUAAAUUUGAAAAAAUAAAGAAAGAAGUUGAGGAAGAAAAGAAUAAACAAUUACAAUUCGAUAACACAUACUUUAGACCUCCUCCUACAUUUGAUGAAGCUGCUGAAAUUAAAAUGAACGUUGCAGCUAUUUUAAGGGAAGACAAGCACCUCUAAAAGAAAUAAGAUGAUGAGAAUAAAAGAAUCAAGGAACUAGAGUGGAACAUGAGAGAUUCAGCAGAGUUUGAGAAUUGGAAAGAAGAACAAAAAUAUAAAGAAAAACUUGAGAAUAUAGAAUAUUAGCAAAGAAAGAAAAUUGAAAUGGAGCUUGCAAGAGAAUCAGCUAUGAAAGCAUAUGAUGAAAAAAUCUAAUAAAAUAAAUUAACUGCUGUACAAAUGAAACAAAUUUCUAAAGUCAAAGAGUAAGAAAGAUAAAAAAAGAUAGAAGAAGAAGUCUAAGAAAAGUAGAAAUUAAUUGAUGGCGUUUUAGCAACACGUGAAAACGCUGGAAUCGAAAUACAAAAGUUAAAAGAACAAAAGAAAGUUAUUCAUGAUGAAUCUAAGAAAGAGAGAGAAAUUUUAUUAUAAAAGAAGAAAGAAGAGGAUGAAGUAGAAAGAAAAAAAAAGGAGGAUUUAAUUAGAUAAAUCAGAGAAGCUGAAAAGUAGCCCAAAGUAAGAACAAAAGGUUAUGACCCUACUGAAACUAUGGGUUAUGGGUUGUUAGAAGAAAUGAGCAUAGUUCAGUUAAGAGAAAGAUUAGUACAAGUAAAAAGGCAAAGGGAGAUAGAAAGAGAACAAACAAGAUAGGAAAAUAUGAAAACUAAAGACUCGAAGUUAAACUCACUUUAAUAAAAAGUAGAAGCAAUAAAAUAAAAUAGAGAACAGCUUUAGAAGCAAAAACAAUAAGAAAGAGAAGAAAAGAAAAAGAAGCUAAUGGAGGAAGAGCAGAAAAAAUAGCAAAUUAGAGAAGAGUAAUUGCUCGAAGUACACUAAAAAGUUGUUGACAAAAAGAGAGCAAAGAAGAAAGAAGAAGACAGACUUGCAAAGGAAUAUAGAGAAAUUUAACUAAAGAGAAUGUAUAUGAAUGCAAACGCUGCAGUUGUUGAAGAGUUAGCUUGGAAAGGAUAACAAGAAGGUGCUGAAAGAGAAAUUAAAUAUAGACAAAAUCAAAAAUUACUUGAUUAAGAAUAAGUUUUAGGAGUAAAAUACCAUGAAAGAAAGAUCAUUGCAGAUAACAGUAAAAAGUUAGUUUAAGAAAAACUUGAGUUUAUUGAACAAUAUGAUGAGAAUAUGGAGAGAGCUAAUAAAGAAAAUGAAGUACUUUAUCGUCAAAUUCGUGAAGAUAGAAAGAUAUAACACCAAACAAUUCGUGAUUAUGAAAUAUAACAUAAUAAAAACAUGGUAGAAAGAGAUACAUUUAAAUAUAAAAUGAGUGAAAUGAGUCUAACGAAUGCUAAAUCUAAGCUUGAGUAAUCUAAAAAUUAAGCGUCAAGAGAUGGAAAGAGAACAUCUAAAAACUAAGAAUUACAACUGCCAGGUCCUAAGUAUGACUCUACCAAUAUUAUAAAAGAAUCUCAUCAAGAAGACGAUGGAUGA